AUGGCUGCAUUGGUUCGUAAGAUACCGCCGAGCAAGCAAUAUGAGUGGGUACAACAUUCAAAAUCUCUGAAAUCACAUCCAACUAUUGUGAACUUUUCCGAUUGGCUUGGUUCUAUCGCGACGGCCGUAUGCCUGCUUCCCACUAUUUCACCGAAAUCUUCACAGAGUAAAGCAAGUAUGGUUAAAGCAAAAAUACUUUUAAAAUUAGACGCCGUGCCUAAAUUUUGUAAAAGUCGACCUAUUCCAUUCGCUCAAAUAAAUCAAUUUAAAAUAGAAGCGCAACGCUUGACUGAUAGUGGUAUUUGGAAACCAAUAAAAUUUAGUGAGUGGGCUUCGCCAAUUGUAUUGGUUACAAAACCAGAUGGCUCUCUUCGCAUUUGCGGCGAUUUCAAAACAACAGUAAACAAACAAAUCGAUGUCGAUCAAUAUCCAUUACCAACGCGAGAAAGCUUACUUCAUAUUGUCCGAUAUGGAAAAUAUUUUUCUAAAAUCGACCUGAAGGAUGCCUUCCUGCAAAUGGAGUUGGACGAAGAGGCAAAAAAGGUUUUAGUAGUCAAUACACCACUAGGGCUUUUCCAAUAUCAGCGGCUUCCUUAUGGAAUUGCCAGCGCGCCUGCUAUAUUUCAAAAACAUUUAGAGCAACUUAUACUAGGUGUAGAAGGAUGUGGUAAUUAUAUUGAUGAUAUAAUCAUCGCGGCUGAAACGGUGGACCUACAUUGUCAACGCUUAGAAAAAAUUUUGUCAAUUUUGAUUGAGAUCGGUAUUCGUUGCAAACAAAAAAAAUGUGAAUUUUUAGUGGAAAAACUGGAAUAUUUAGGUAGAACAAUUAGUGCAAAUGGUGUUUUACCUGAUGAAAAAGGCGUUCAGGCUGUAAAAAAGUUGCCACGCCCAACAAACAUUAAAGAAGUCGAAGCAUUUCUGGGUAAAGUGAAUUAUUACCAUAACUUUAUUCCAAAUUUUUCGCAAUUGGCCGCGCCUAUCAAUCAUUUACGUCGGAAGAACAUCAAAUUUGUUUGGGGCACUAAGCAGGAACAAGCAUUUGAAGCUUUAAAACGACACAUAAUAGACGCAACCGAAUUAUCACAUUUUCAAGAACAUCUACCAUUAGUCUUAGCUACUGACGCCUCAUCAUAUGGAAUUGGAGCUGUCCUUGCUCAUCGAAAUCCAGACGGCACAGAGCGCCCUAUUGCUUUCGCAUCAAAAACGCUGAACACUCAUCAAGUUCGAUACAGCCAAAUCGAAAAAGAGGCACUUUCGAUAAUAUUUGGAGUUACUCGUUUCCAUCAGUACUUAUUUGGUCAUAAGUUUAUUCUGGUUACGGACCAUAAACCUUUAGUAAGCAUCUUCAGUCCAAACAAAAAUUUGCCAUCAAUGUCUACACAUCGGUUGCAACGUUGGGCAAUAACAUUGAUGUCUUAUCAGUUUGAGGUACAGUUUCGUAGAACUGCCGAUCACUCAAAUGCCGAUGCCUUAUCACGCCUGCCUUGUGGAUCAGAUCCUGAGUUCGACAGGUUGGAGCAUUGUUAUCAAAUAGAAAAUUAUGACACACUUAUCAACUUCGGAUUGCUACAACACCACUACAAAGACGAUUACAUACUAAAACGUGUAAAAAAUUUAAUUUCGGAAGGGUGGCGAACAAAAUUAGCCGAUGGCGACAUGGAUUUGCUUCCUUAUUUUCGUCGUAAGUAUGCUCUUUUCAUUCGAGAUGAUUUGAUUUAUUUACAGACAGAUGCUACUCGAGUCAUAGUACCUCAAUCCUUGCAUCAGUCAGUUUUAAAGCUUCUCCAUGACGGCCAUUGGGGCAUCGUUAAGAUGAAGCAACUCGCUAGGCAACACUGCUGGUGGCUUAAUAUUGACAACGACAUCGAAAAACUUGCUUCACAAUGCAGUGUUUGUCAAAUUGCGCGUGCAAGUCCGAAACAAAAAUACCAUGAGUGGCCAAAGCCAGAACGAUCAUGGCAACGAGUACACAUAGAUUUUGCUGGCCCAGUGUUCCAGUCUAUGUGGCUAAUAGUAGUUGACGCUUUCUCACAGUUUCCAUUUGUGGUACAGCUUAAAACUAUCACCACUAUUGACACCAUAGCAGUUUUGUCAGCAGUUUUUUCAUUAGAAGGACUACCUGAAACUAUAGUUAGUGACAAUGGACCACAGCUAACUUCCGACCAGUUCGCUGAAUACUGUGCUCGUAAUGGCAUAAGUCAUGUUAAAACAGCACCAUUUCACCCAACAUCAAAUGGGCUCGCGGAAAGGUUCGUACGUACAUUCAAAUCAUCCGUUCAAAAGAAUAUUGAUGAUGGAUUAUCGAUUAAAUUGGCUUUGAUAAAGUAUCUAGCGACAUACCGAGCUAUUCCUAAUGCCGAAGGGAAGUCACCGGCAGAAUUGUUACAUGGGCGUGCGCCACGUACUUUGCUUACACUGCUAUCAGCACCACCAAACAACAAUAAACCCGUCACUCGUUCAACUAAAUUUUCGCCUAACGAAACCGUGUAUAUUAAACAUUAUGGUCGAGGUCCGAAGUGGGUGGAAGCAGUCAUUAUUAAAAACUUAGGAUGCAUGGUUUAUAUUGUGAAAACGUCCAACGGUUACGUGAGACGUCAUCAAAAUCAAAUAAAACACCGUUCAUCAACGUCAGCAGAAAACAACAGCAAAUCUGAUUGGUAUAUGUUGCCAACACCUGUUAGUGAGCAGGAGGAUAACAACAACACUAAUCACACUAACACUGAAGAGCGUUCUCAGAUGACUGAACAGAUUCCACGUCGAAGCGCUCGUACUCGAGCUCAACCUAAUCGUUAUCAACCUAUUUAA